CAUAAUAAUCGCCAUUUUCUGUAACACCUACAGAAACUUCAAGAUGACAUCGUUUGCCGAUCAUUUUUGGGGGGAGAAAAAUAAUGGAUUUUUUGUUUUGAAUCAUAAUAUGAAACAAGGACAACUAUCAUCCAAAGAUUUCAUAGAUUUUCUUAGGGAAAGUUGUACAGUAGAAGAGACCUAUAGCAAGCUUCUAAACAAAUUGGCCAAGUCUGUAUCAAACAAUACACAUGGAGGCACAUUUGCCCCAUUCUGGAACGUAUUAAAGACCCUAGCAGAAAAGAUUUCCACUCUUCACACACAACUGGUACACUCUCUGACAGAUCUAAUGAAGGAUGUGGCUCGGUAUAGUGAGGAACAAGUUAAAAAGAAUAAAGCGGUGAAGGAACGUGAGGCGAGUACACUAGAAACAGUGAACAACAUUCAACACACAACAGCUGCUCUUCAUAAGGCAAAGGAAAUAUAUCACACAAGAUGUUUAGAGUUGGAGAGAUUAAAAAGAGAUGGUUCAUCUCAAAAAGACAUUGAGAAGGCAGAGACAAAAUACAAGAAAGCCAGUGAAGAUUACAGAUCCCUGGUUGAGAAAUAUGCAAAUGUCAGAAAUGAAUUUGAGACAAAAAUGAUGGAUUCCUGUAAGAGAUUUCAGGAGCUGGAGGAGGAACACAUUUGUCAGAUGAAGGACUUUGUAGAUUCUUUUGCUAAAGCUUGGCAGAAUGAACAUGUGAUGCUGGGUCAGGUACAUGAAGAAUUUCGUCAAAGUUGUGAUGAAUUGACUGUUCUUAAACUCUUAGAAAUUUUCAUCAAUUCUAAGAAAACAGGAGAAGAAAAACCAGGACCUUUAGAGUUUGUAGAGCCCAAUUUUUCCAGCCUGCCUCCAGCUCGUCCUAUGUCUCCCGACCCUAACGAUAAACGGGAUAGCAUAUCGGAGAAAUCUCGCCAAGACUCUAGCGGUAGUCCCAGUCCCGUCCCCUCGGAUCAGCCUGGCCCGCUCAGCCGCAGCGUAAAUCUCCGCGUCUCCAGAACAUGGUUUCUCAAAAAUAAAAAGAAAAAAGAGAAGAAAAAGAAGAAAAAAGACAAAGAAGAAAAAGAAGCACAGUCCUCAGACACACAGUCAGUAGACACAACAGAAGGGACAACUCCAGAUGUAGAUGAGGAGGGCUAUUCUAUUCGACCUGAGGACCCCAUGGAGAAUAGCUGUGAUAAAAAUAGCUGGUCCAGCGAGAGCGACAGUGACUCGGAUGAUGAAUCAAAAAGGAAAAUCAAAGUAGCGAUCCGUCCUUUAAGUCCAAAUGGCAAUGUGUCUGGAACUGUAGACGAUAUCAAACAGUCCGUCAGUCAGCUAAGACUGUCACCCACAGCAGCCCUUAGAAAAAGAACCACCACACCUAUAGACAAAAAGAUGAUGAAGAGGUCACAGUCAGAGUCGGACACUCUGGAUCCAGUAAAACCAAACCAGGACCUGUUAAACUUGGACUUCUUUUCCUCGUCAAGUGCUUCCACCCCAACAGGCAGCCGCUACAAUCUCCCGUCACCGUUAUCUCCCCUGGCGGACACCAGUCUACAAAACAACACCAGCCAUAGUAUUGCUUCAACAUCACUCCACAAUUCUAGUGGAAAUGAUGUGUUAAACAAUAGUAACGGGUCAAAAGACAGCUCUAGUCUAAACAACUCUCUCCCAGGACCACCCCCAUCUAUCCCACAACGGCCAGUCUCUCAACCCAGAGUCAAGUCUAGUGUACCCCAGCUUCCCUCGCGUCCGAUCUCUGGUCGCUCCAGUCCUGCCUCCUUCAUGUCUCGAUCAGACAGUAGUAGCAGUGUGACCUUCAACACGACAUCCAUGCCUGUUGGAUCCUCCCGAGGACCAAGUCCUCUCACCAUUGGCAUGUCAGACACCAUUCCAUUAGCCAUUGCUUUUACAGAAACAAUCAACGCCUACUUCAAAGGAACUGAUGCUACAAGAUGUAUGGUUAAGAUUACAGGAAAUGUGAUGAUGUCAUUUCCUGCCGGGGUUGUGCGAGUUUUUACAGAGAAUCCUAACCCUGCAUUACUGAGCUUCAAACUCAAAAACAUCUCUAAGUUAGAGAACACUAUGCUCAACAAACAACUGGUGGAAAUGGACACAAGUCACCAGGAACCUGAUACAAACUUCUACACUUUCAACAUGUCUGCUUUGAUUGACCAUCUAAAAUAUCAAGGGGAACAGAACAAGACAGCCUCCUACUUUAACAUCGACAUUCUCAAAUAUCAGGUAUUGACCCAGCCUGGAGUGGAAAGUACGCCACUGACAGUGGUGGCGUAUUGGAAAUGUGAAGAGAAUACCACUGACUACCGCCUGGACUACAAAUACAACCCAAACUCCAUGUCAUCACCGUCAACUCUCAAAAAUGUUCAAGUAAUGGCAGCCGUCAGUGGAGGUGUCAACAACAUGCAGAGUAUUCCUGCUGGUGACUGGAAUGAAGACAACCAACGGGCAACAUGGAGGCUUAACGAUUUAUCAGAACUUAGUGAGGAAGGAAGUCAAGGCAGCAUCAGGGCCAAGUUUGAGUUGAAGUCGGGCCCCUCCCGGCCCUCGCCCUCAGCCAUCCAGUUCUUGUGUGAGGGAGCAUGUCUAUCUGGCCUGGAGAUGGAGAUGGUAGGGCCAGGGUACAGGGUAUCCCUACUGAAAAAGAGGUUUGGUGCAGGUAAAUAUUUGGUGGAUCCAGAGGCCCCAGUUUGACCAUGUUUGGGAUCUAGUUUUAUCAAAUUACCAAUGGGGUGACAGUGACAAUUACCUCAUUCACAAACUAGUCAAUUGACCACAAUGCACCUCACUAAUGGAGCAGGAAUGUCCCAGAAUUCCAAACAAAGAAGGCAGAUGUACGGGUGAUUUAUCCUUGGAGUGAGGAAGCAAGGGAAAUUAAUCUUGUCUACUUACUGUGAAAAUUUUUAACUGUCAGAAUAUACUGUGAUAUCUAUUUCCUGUACAAUUUUUAACUUGUAAUAUUUAAGUAGAUAUUUGUUUGACAUCUCUUUUUGGUUCUUACUGUUAGAGCGAUGUGAUUUUUUUGGUAAGAAGUGUUCAUCACUGUAGCCAUUUAUGUGAUCUAAACUAUAGCAGCUGCAUUAGAAUGAACUGGCAUUUAGGAGUCUGCUUUACAGAGUAUUUAUCCAGUCUUAUCAAAUGAAAAGUGCUACAACUAACAAGAAGUUUUUUGUGUGUGUUAGGAAUACUGGAAGUUUGUAGUUCCAGUGUAGAAUUAUUUUAUGUUUCAGUGACUAGCGUGAGAUGUUGCCUUUUGGUUAAGAAGAACCAUGGGUGUGACUUGUAUGUGCAAUAUCACAUUUUUGCUUGUAAUUUCUUUGUUAUUGUUUUAAAUGGAGGGAAUAUUUAUUCUUAUGAAUGCAGUAUUCAUGUCCUAAAUGAAGUUGUUCGUUUUAGCAUUGAAUUCAAAUCUAGGAAAUGAUAAUUAAAUUUCAGUAGAUGUUUAUUUUGACACUAGGUUUCAGUUAGUGUUUAUGUUGUCAUCAGUCGAGGCGUUGCUGGCAGUGCCUUUCCAUUUUUUUUUCACUGAAUUCCAUUCCUGAAACUUUUGCUCUCUCACUCCUACAAAAAGUGGGUCUCUUAGAUGACUUGCUCUAUGUUGAGAUAUUAUAUAUUGCCUCACUUUUAUCCCGAAAAUAUAACUCGAAUUCAAUGAAUAAGAAUAUAUGGGGGUUUGUUAUCAAGGUUAUAUAAAAUUGAAAUUACCAUUCUCGGGUCUAUGUGCAUCCAUUUUGAGGUAGCCCCAUUGCAAUUUCUAUUGUAUUUUCAGUAAAAUAAAAAGUUGACAAUGCUGAGACCUAUCCGAGAAUAAAGUUCAGCCCUCAUUUUCUCGUUCUUUUGCACCUGAUUUUCAUUUCUGGUAGCCUUUUUAUAGAUGUAGUCAUCGACAGCCAUUUGACAAGGACACUUUUUCAUGAAAAGAAAUUCAUAUAUUUGGUAAUUUUGUGAGAUGUGAAAUAUAUCUACUGCAGUAUGACUACGGUAUAACUAUGAUGGAAUUUUCGUUAUUUUUAUAGAAAAUUCUGGAAUAAAAAAAUGCCUCCCACAUGCAAUUUAUCACCGAUAAAAAGUUCCACCCACAUCUGUUUUUAAGAAAAUUGACCUGAGAACCUAACAUCAAUUUUACUUAGCCAUAAUUGUUUUAUAAAGGUUUUCUCAUGGAAUGUAGAUUAAGUUUAAGUGAAUUAUUAUUUUGAGUGUUUAAAAAAAUCUGCACAAAGUAAAAAUACCCAUUGGAAAAGAUCAUGGGUAGUAAUGUUUCAUUGAGUCAUAAUGUAGAAAUAAAUUUAUUGUAAGAUUGAAAAUAUAUUGUAAAAUAUAUUGUAAAAUCAGAUUGAACUAACAUAAGCGUUUUACCAUAGGAUGAAAUUGAGAUAUUCUGUCCAAGUUAGAUCUUGUACUACCAUACAAAAUAACUUUGAUGUUACAUUGCCUUGAGCUUUAAGAUGUUACACACUCUCUCAUCUUAAAACAUUCCAUACUCGGUUGUACCUUGAGUGUGUGUGACAGUAACGUAGUCUGAAACAGACUGUGAUAAUUAUCCUCAUCAUAUUCCUAUGUACACUACUUUUAUUACAUCACUUAUUAAAUCAUUUUAAAUAUUAAAAAUAACUUGAAAACUAUAUCGAUCAAUAAACACAAUAAAUACU